UCGCGGGGCAAGAAACCGGGACCAAAGGCAUCAGUCCUAGGCUCUUACGCCAAAACUUGAUGCGUCGUUUUGAAUGCAGAAUCUAAAGACCCGAUAUUCCGAACGCCAUUACUUCAGCCAUGUAUGGACUGUAACUGCCAUUCGUGGUUUCUCUACACUGACUUCGUCGGACGAAGUCCCGUGCGUUCCACCAUUGACUCAUAGAUAGCCCUCGUCCACUCGCACAAAAUCCUCGUCACAAUUUCACACAAACCAUCCCUCAUACACUACAGCACGAAGGAUGGAAACAUACGAUAAAUUUGAGCCCGAAUGGGUUUGGGUCGACGAUGAAGGCAGUAAUGUGUACGCACAGGGAUAUGGACGAAAUCUCACUGUCAUCUUCUCCUUUUCUGCCGACAACCGCAACCCUCCUACCUCACUAGCCAAUCGAGUGUGCACCAAAUAUGAAGGACUCGAGACGGAGGACGCUGCAGCCACCUUUCCUACCAUCAAGGACUUGCACGCCGCCAUCUGGGGGGCAAUUCGUCACGUUUGGCCUCGCUACUUCUCCCACGCCGAUCUCGGAAUCAGGUUGGAUACCGUUGUGGCGGUCGACAGCAUAGACGGCUCUAUCGAGAAAGUUACGUGGAAUGUCUACAACCAUCCUCUCUUUCCCCAAUUUCUUCGGAAUCUUGCCGAGGAGAGUCUCGGCAGAACGCCGGUUGGUCCUGCCGAGUCGGUAGACUUUGCCCGCCUCAUCCGGUACGAGCAGCUCGGAGGAAGAGGCUGUACUACGCGGGUUCGUCUACCGACGGGCGAAUACGCCGUCUUCAAAGGCGUCGAUUUUCGAACUGCUUUGCAGUACAGCGACAACCAAGGUGAUAAGGUCAUUCGGAACCUGAUUCGCAAUUGGUGGAGGGAGUACAACACCCUCCAGCAAAUCCCGCCUCACCCGAACGUGCUUCCUCCGCCGUCGUUACUAGCUACGAUUCAGUGGCCGGACCGUUCGGCCUCACCAGUCUUCUGUGGUGCUUUGUUCCCGUUUUAUCCGGGGGGUAGUGCGGCUUCCCGCAUCGAGGACAGCAACAAGAAGGGGGUACGCAUUCCUCUACUUCUCAAGGCGCAUUGGUGCGCCGAUAUGGCUACGGCAGUCUUCCACACGCACCGAAUCGCAAAGAUGUAUCACAUGGAUAUCAAGCCUGGCAAUUUUGUCGCGGAUGCGAGUGAUAACCUUAUUCUCUGCGACUGGGAGCAGCACGACGCGCCAGCCACAACCCUCGCCCCCGAGGCGGAUGGGACCUGGGAUGUUACCGAGGACUUUCUGACCAUCCAGGCCGGGCGCCCUCCGUUACGGUACACAAAAUACUGUGGUAUACCCCGUCGAAACGUAGACGAGGACGUCCUCGGAGAUGCGCCGUGGCAUACGUGGAAUGUUUUCCCUAUUUGGAAUAAUACAUGCCCAUGGGCCCUCGAGCUUGCAGAAGUCUUCAGUCUAGGCAGAAGUAUGUGGAUGCUUCUUCGUCAACCAGAGAGCGACUUUGAGGACAUUAAGCAUCCCGACCAGCUCGUCACGGACUGGGACAAGUCUGAAGAUAUCCCCAUCACCUGGAAGCAGCUCGUUGAUCGAUGUAUGUCACGGGAUCCGAAUAAGAGACCCGACCUAUCAGAAUUGGUUGACUUUUGGAUGAAGGAGUGGAACGCUCAGAAGGCUGCGAACGGGAAUGACUAGCAUUUCAUAGUAGCAAAGUUGCAAGAUGGCACAAGGGAGACCCUGAAAAAAAAGGCCCAAGAGAGAGAAGGAGAGAAGAAAAGGUAGCAAAAACAGAGCACAGAUAUCCUUCAGCGGCAUGGAGGCGAGAGGCGUGAAUGACAUUAUUACAUAAGGAAAUGUCGAUCUUGGCAUUGUCGAGAAAGAGUAGGAGCAGGUUUGACAAAUGGGGGCUCGACAUGCAGGUGGGGCCUCUCGGGGUGGGACCUCCAGAUGGGACGAUCUGCGAUAGGUAGAUCGGU